AUGGCUUCUGUUUUGGGACAAUUUAUGGAGUUUCAUCCAGUUCAUGGAAUCAAUGUCCAACUGGAUCGCACUGGGACUAAAGCCACUCGAAUUGAGAGUUUUGCUAAUGGAAUCUGCUUUAGUAAACAUCCAUUAAAUCCUGGUGAGAUCUUCUUGGUGGAGAUUGAGGACAAGGAGCUAGGCUGGUGUGGCCACCUCAGGAUCGGACUGACUGCGCGUGACCCUGAAACAGUGGAGAUAGUUCCUGAGUAUUCUUUGCCUGACCUAGUGGACCAGGGAGGAAGCUGGGUGUUUGCUAUUACACGAAAUCACAAUAAGGUUAUUGAGGACGAGGUUCUGGAGGUCCAGGAAGCAGAAAUGGGACAAGCUGGUGGGGUAAACGAAGGGCGCAACAAAUCUAAAUCUUUUUUUACUGACACCCAUUUGUUUAUAAAAGACGUUUGUAUACCUAAGGACAAGCUGGUAGGACGGAGUCAGCCUGGACUGUAUAGUCACAUCCUGGACGAUCUAUACAAGACAAAUACUUUGCCUCCCACUGCCCGGCGCAGUCGGAUAGGAGUUCUGUACGUCCCGAAAAGGCAAGGCUUUGCCGAUAUGCAUAUUAUUAUCAAUGGUGAAGACAUGGGUGCCAGUGCCAAAGAUAUACCAGCUAGUCAGCCUCUGUAUGCUGUCGUGGAUGUAUUUGCUGCUACUAAAAGUGUAAGAAUUGUGCAGGUGGAAUAUGGCAUCUCAUCACUGCAAACACUCUGUCGACAGACCAUUCAAAAGCACGUUGUUCACAGAAUGGCUUUGGACUGGUUGGAGCUUCCAGAAUUACUAAAGCACUUUUGCAAAUAUGAAUAACAGACGUAAAAAAAUUAUCAACAAAGACUGGAAGACUGGAAAUGCUCUGACUACAGGGCAAUUUUACAAACUUUUAACUUAUUUGCUACUGUUACCUACAAAAGGGUAUUAAAAGCCAUUUUUGAGUAUUUGGCAAGUCA